CUACCCCCCUCCUCAACCCUCUUCCUCCGUCAAGGGACAGCGUGUCCCCCGCUGCGGCGCCGCCGUCCCCUGCGGUGUCAGCGCGGGCCCCGGGCGCUCCUUGCCCUUUGCAGCCACCAUGCCGACAAGGUCCGCUCCUUGCCAAGAAUUGGGAUGGGGAGGGGGGGCUGUGGGGAAGCGGCGUCUCUGCACGCCCCGUCCGCGGCGACUCCGCCGAAACGACAAGAAAAAAAGAAGCAGCGUAAAACGGGAGAAAACGGGCACGUUUCUCUUCCCCUCGUUUUAGUCCGCGUUCGGAAUUGGCCGACGCACCCUCGGCCCGGCCGGAAGCGGCGCUCUGCGGCGGAGCCGUUUGGCGGCUGGACCCGCGCCCGGCACCGCCCCGGCCCUCCCGCCGGCGGGAAACAUGUCCGCCCGCCGCCCGUUCCGGGCCUGCGCCUGCUUCUUCUCCGACAACGUCUUCGUGGGGCGCUACGGGCUGCACGUCCGGUACCGGGACGAGGAGCAGCUCCGCCGCGAGCACGGGCGGGCGCUGCGGGAGCGGGGCUGCCGGAGCGAGGAGGACUUCCGAGCCGCGCUGCGGGAGGUAAACGGCCGAUUGAGGCAGAAGUGCAGAGAAGAAAACAGUUAAUUCAUCAGUCAGAGGAACGCAAAGCCAUCAUCUCAAAGUGCUACAAACGAAAACACCCAGAACUGUACAUUCUGCAGGAUUCAUUCCUGGCCCCAGAUUUUCUAGAAAUCGUGAGAUACUGCACAUCGCCGGAUGCUCAUCUCCAUGGCCUCCUGUGCUACAUCAAGUCCUUCUCAGAUAAGAGGAUCUAUCGACUCCCAGUGUUCACAGAGGAAUUCUGCAAAGCCUUUGUGGAUGAGCUGGAGAACUUUGAGCAGUCGGACAUGCCCAAAGGCAGGCCCAACACGAUGAAUAACUAUGGGGUUUUGCUAAAUGAGCUUGGGCUGGAUGAAACUUUCAUCACACCCCUGCGUGAAAAAUACCUGCGGCCCAUAACGGCGCUGCUUUAUCCCGAUUUGGGAGGCGCUUGUCUGGACAGCCAUAAAGCAUUUGUUGUCAAGUACUCGCUACACGAAGAUCUGGAUUUGAGCUCUCACUAUGACAAUGCAGAAGUCACCUUAAACGUUUCACUGGGAAAAGAAUUCACAGAAGGCAACUUGUACUUUGGUGAUUUCAGCCAGGAUCCUACCCCGGUGCCAAACUACAUAGAGAUCGAACACGUGGGAGCCCAGGGGCUGUUACACCGAGGAGGGCAGAUCCACGGGGCGCUUCCCGUUGCCUCCGGCGAACGCUGGAACCUCAUUAUUUGGAUGAGAUCAUCUGCUAUCCGCAACCAGCUCUGCCCCAUGUGCAACAAGAAACCUGAGCUGGUGGAAGCAGAGGGGUUUGGAGAUGGGUUCACAGAAACCCUUGAAGAUGAUGCGCCUGAGACUGUGAAUCUCUGUUCCUUGUGGUAGCAGACAGUAGGGCUUGAUUUCUCCAGACCAGGUUCCUUAAAGCUCCUUUCUGACCUCUCAGACUGCCCUAACAGACUCUUUGAUGGAUGCGCGAGUCAUGCAAGAUGUAGGUACCGCCUUGGAAAGUGAUGCAAACCCAGUCCUGCUGGGGGUAGGGAAGCCAGCUGCUUGGGCAGCUGAAAGAGCUGGUACGCAGCUCACCAGGGCUGACGCUCGGGCUAGAGGGCUGCUUGGAAGAUGUGGAAAGCCUUAACACUUUGAAGAAGGGGAAGAGCUUUUUGUUGCUGGGUGACAGUGGCGGAUCUGCUCAAAAGCAAGAUACAGGCGAUUCACAUCAGGCUGCUGGGAAUGGCAUGGAAUGACCAUCACCAGAGGUUUACCUAACCCAGGCUCAGAAAAAUCCUUCAGCAGCAAUAUGGGGAGAGCUGAUCCCACAGGGUGGCUGAGAGAAUCUCUGAGGGACUCCACGAGCUAUUUUGAGCAGAAAUUUCCCUUUCAAAGGUCUAUGAACCUUAUUAAGCAAGCAGAAAUGGGCUUCAGAGACAAAGCUCUGGGAGCUACCUGCAACAGAGCAAGACUUCCCAGAGGAAGGCAAGAGCGUACAUUGAAAUCCCUUCCUUUAGUUACAUGAAAAUAAAAAAUAACCUUCUCA